CGUGUCCGCGGUUCCCGUGUACCACCAACCGCACAAUCAUCUCCCUCUUCCACCACCACACCGCCAGUAGAAGUUGUAGAGAAAUUAAGGCCGACCAUGGCGAAGGCAGCGGCGACGUGCGUAGUUGCGAUGGCUUUGGCGUUGGCGGUCCUGAUGGCGUUGGCGAGCGGGGCGACGGCGGCUCAGUGCAACGCGGGGCAGCUGAUCGUGUGCGCGCCGGCGAUCAUCGGCGGGGCGGCGCCGACGGCGGCGUGCUGCUCCAACCUGCGCGCGCAGCAGGGCUGCUUCUGCGAGUUCGCGCGCAACCCGGCCUACGCCAGCUACAUCAAAAGCCAGACCGCCCGCAAGGCCAUCGCCGCCUGCCGCGUCGCACUCCCGCGCUGCCCCUAGCUUAGCUAGCUGGCCUCUGCUCUGCCUGCUACUGCUACCUCCAUGGCCGCUGCUGAACGACGUCUAUAUAUACGCACGUCGCGAGAGAUGCAAGCCUCUGUAUGGUGUAUGAAUAAAGGCUUAGAUAUAGCAAACCCGAUGAAUAAAUGGUACUGCUCCGGUGUGUAUUUGUGUUCUCUUGUGUGUAAUUUGGCGAGUAACUUGAUCGAUGGAUGGAUGUCGACCGAUCUCUCGUGUGUGUGUGUGUAACCGGUGAGUAAUUUGAUCUAUGCAUGUCGAUCGUCGAUCUUGUUUUUAA